AUGGAGGUCAGCAGUAAGCUCCGAUGCAGACAAAGGCAAGUCCUUUUUUUCUUUUUCCUAUUGGUGUUAUCUGUGGCAGGUGCGGUGGAGUCUAGGCAUUAUUCUGUGGUGGAGGAAAAGGAGGGUAUCUCCUUUGUAACCAAUUUAGCAAAGGACCUGGGACUUGAGCAGCUGGAACUCUCAAAACGAGGGGUUAGGGUUAUUUCCAAGGGGAAUAAACCACUUCUGCAGCUCAAUGAGGAAACUGGGGAUUUAUGGCUCAAUGAAAAACUGGACCGAGAGGAACUGUGUGGGCACACAGAACCCUGUGUGCUACAUUUUCAGGUUCUGUUAGAGAGUCCCUUAAAUAUUUAUCAAGCAGAGCUGCAAGUACUAGAUAUAAAUGACCACUCUCCCGUGUUCCUGGACAAAGAAAUUGUGCUAAAAGUAUCAGAAAGCAGUCCUACUGGCACUACAUUUCCACUAAAGAAUGCUCAGGACAUGGAUGUGGGUAAAAAUAAUAUUAACAACUACAUAAUCAGUCCCAACUCUUAUUUCCAUGUCCUCACUCGCAAACGCAGCGAUGGCAAGAUAUAUCCUGAGCUGGUGCUAGACAAAGCACUGGAUCGAGAGGAGGAAGCCCAGGUCAGGGUCACGCUCACAGCACAGGAUGGUGGCUCUCCACCUCGGUCUGGUACGGCUCAGGUCCACAUUGAAGUCCUGGAUAUCAAUGAUAAUGCUCCUACAUUUGAGCAGUCUGUCUACAGAGCUCAGGUAUCUGAGGAUAGUCCCACAGGCUUCCUGAUCAUCACUAUCACUGCUACAGACAUAGACUUAGGAGUCAAUGGAGAGAUCUCUUAUUCACUUUUUCAAGCUUCAGAUGACAUUAGCAGAACAUUUGAGAUCCAUCCCUUGUUAGGAGAAAUUCGAUUGAAAGAACAACUUGAUUUUGAGACAAUUCAGUCCUAUGAAGUCAAUGUGGAGGCGAGGGAUGCUGGAAGCUUUUCUGGAAAAUGCACUGUACAGAUCCAAGUCCUGGAUGUAAAUGACCAUGCCCCAGAAGUUACCAUGUCUGCAAUGACCAGCUCCAUCCCCGAGAACUCCCCUGAGACUAUGGUUGCACUUUUCAGUGUUUCGGAUCUAGAUUCGGGACAAAACGGGAAAGUAAGCUGCUCCAUUCCAGAACACCUACCCUUCUUCCUGAAGUCUUCCGUGGAAAACAUGUACACUUUGGUAACAGAGAAACCACUGGACAGAGAGGGCACAGCUGAAUACAACAUAACAAUCACUGCUUCAGAUAUGGGAACCCCCAGGCUGCAAACCCAGCACACCUUCACCCUGCAGGUGUCCGACGUGAACGACAACGCCCCCGAAUUCACGCAGUCCUCCUACACCCUGUGGGUCCGCGAGAACAACAGCCCCGCCCUGCACAUUGGCACCAUCAGCGCCACAGACAGAGACUCGGGCAGCAACGCCCAGCUGACCUACUCGCUGCUGCCCGGCCCGCAGCCCGGCCCCGACGCGGCGGCGGCGCUGGUGUCCAUCAACGCGGACAGCGGGCAGCUGUUCGCCCUGAGGGCGCUGGACUAUGAGGCCCUGCAGGCGUUCGAGGUGCGCGUGCGCGCCGCCGACCGCGGCUCGCCCCCGCUCAGCAGCCAGGCGCUGGUGCGCGUGCAGGUGCUGGACGCCAACGACAACUCGCCCUUCGUGCUGUACCCGCUGCAGAACGCGUCUGCGCCCUGCACCGAGCUGCUGCCCAGGGCGGCCGAGCCGGGCUACCUGGUGAGCAAGGUGGUGGCGGUGGACCGCGACUCGGGCCAGAACGCCUGGCUGUCGUUCCAGCUGCUCAAGGCCACGGAGCCCGGGCUGUUCAGCGUGUGGCCGCACAAUGGCGAGGUGCGCACCGCCAGGCUGCUGAGCGAGCGCGACGCGCCCAAGCACAGGCUGCUGCUGCUGGUCAAGGACAAUGGCGAGCCGCCGCGCUCGGCCAGCGUCACGCUGCACGUGCUGCUGGUGGAUGGCUUCUCGCAGCCCUACCUGCCGCUGCCCGACGCGGCGGCGCCCGAGCGCGCGCAGCCCGACCGCCUCACUGCCUACUUGGUCAUCGCGCUGGCGGCCGUGUCUUCUCUCUUCCUCUUGUCUCUGCUGCUCUUCGUGGCCGUCAGGCUGUGCAGGAGGAGCAGGGCGCGCUCGCUGGCCGGCUGCGCGCUGCCCGAUGGCCCCUUGCCUGGACACCUGCUGGACGUGAGUGGCACGGGGACCCUGGCCCACAGCUACCAGUAUGAGGUGUGUCUGCAGGGAGGGACUGGAACCAAUGAGUUCAAAUUCCUGAAGCCAGUGUUUCCAAACCUAUCCCCGCAGGUCCCUGGGAAUGAACUGGAGGGUAUGCCUAGCUUCCGCAAUAGUUUGGGGUUCAAUAUCCAGUAAUGGGAAUGAGUUCAAGAUUCUGAAACCAAUUUUACCUAAUUUGCAUAGGCAUUUCCUUGGCCCAUAAAUGAGAGAAAAUGGCAACUGUAGAAAUGACCUAGCUUUUGACAUUCAAUUAAAAUAGUUGUUUUUCUCAGUCAAUAUUUCAUUUUUGUGUUAAGUUUAAAGUUGUUUUCCUAUUCUGCCUAUUAUGAAGUUUCAAAGUACUUUAAGUAUGUCUGCAUGCUUAAAUGUCAUCUUUUGCUUAUGUCAUCUUUUCUGGGUGAUAUAAGGUGAACAUUUCUAAAUUUCUUCUUUCAAAACCUGAUGA